AUGGAAACAGUAGAAUUAAUACCAAUUGUUAUUGCAGGUCCAUCCGGUGCUGAAAAGUUAAAGAGUGAAUUCAUUGGAAGUUUUGGAUUCAGUGUUUCGCAUACUACCAGAAAACCAAGAGCAGGUGAAGUUGACGGUGUAAACUACCACUUCACAACUGUCGAGGCUAUCGAGAAGGACAUUGCUAAUGGUUUGUUCAUUGAGAGUGCCAACGUACACGGAAACUACUACGGUACCUCAAAGAAGGCAUUGCAAGACGUCUUGGAUAAGGGUAAGAUCUGUCUGUUGGAGAUCGAUGUUCAAGGUUGUGAAUCGGUCAAACGUGCAAAUAUCCCAUGUAAAUUCAUCUUUAUCUAUCCACCCUCAUUAGAGAUAUUGGAAACAAGAAUAAGAGGACGUGGAUCUGAAACAGAGGAAACUAUUAAAAAGAGAUUGGAAACAGCAAAGAAAGAGAUGACUUAUCUCGAUAUAGAUGGAUUCUUUGAUGAAGCCAUUGAAAACGAUACUUUAGAAACUGCCUACGAGAAAUUGAAAUCUAUCGUUAUGCCAUAUAUAAACGUUCAAAAGAAUAUCGCAAAGAAGAUUUAA